ACACCAUCCAGCCCUAUCCUGGAGUGCAACAAUGAAGUUCAUCUCACUCAUCACUAUGAUUAUGUCUACUGCAGUACUGUCGGGCGUAGUUACAGCACAAGACCCGAAUAACAAGCCAUGCACCCAGUAUGAAACGUAUGGGUGCGCAACCCUCCAGGGCUAUAACUACGGCAAUCCGUAUUUGUAUUACUGUUCGGAACUAUACUUUGUCGAGGUCUCGAAGAAAUGCAGCUGUCCGACUUGCUGUAACGUCAUCAAUGGAGGCAAUGAGGCUAACGGCGGGUCCAUCACCUGCACAUAAGAGGAAAGGGUGAGCACGCUUCUUGCGUGCCGUGUCCAUGAUGUCGUAGUGAUAGACUACUUACAGCUGCCGUGUCCAUGAUGUC